GCCUGGGCCAUCGCUUCCGGUUCAGCCCAGGAACGGCCCCCAGCGCUUAUGGCACCUGCUUCGCUGGCUAGCCCAUUGCUUCAGCGCGUCUGCAGCAGUUUCGGUAGUGGGGAACUCAACUGCAGAUAAAGUUUUCCUGUUUCAGAGCCGGGCGGAUUGGGCCAGCCGUUCCUCUCCGCCACAGACAACGAACUUUCGGGCGUUAUGGCCAGGGGCCACAGCGGCCGGGCGGAUAUGAGGCCGCUGUUCGCUGCCCGCGCGCUCUCGUGGCUUCUGGGUCAGUCAGCGACCCCCUCAGCCUGAGCGCAACUCCUCCUCGUACACGGGCCGCCUCGCGCCAGAUCCCAUGGCCUCCGAGGCGCCGUCGCCUUCGUUGUCACUGUCACCACCUCCCUCCCCCGAGCCUGAGCUGGCCCAGCUGAGGCGGAAGGUGGAGAAGUUGGAACGUGAGCUGCGAAGCUGCAAGCGGCAGGUGCGGGAAAUCGAGAAGCUCCUGCAUCACACCGAGCGGCUGUACCAGAGCGCCGAGAGCACCAACCAGGAGCUCCGUACCCAGGUAGAGGAGCUCAGUAAAAUACUCCAUUGUGGGAGAAACGAAGAUAAUAAAACAUCUGAUGUAGAGGUGCAAACAGAGAACCACUCUCCUUGGUCAAUCUCAGAUUAUUAUUAUCAGACUUACUAUAAGGAUGUUAGUCUUCCAGAUAAAGAAACUGAACUGUCAGUUCAGCAAGAUCAGGAUAUCGAAGCAUCCACUUUUAAUUCUAAAGAUCAGUCACAAAUAGAAAAUGAGGCUUAUGCUGGUACUGAUACAGCAGAAAGUGUUAAAUGUGGACAAGAGGACCAUUUUGCCUCAGAUGCACAGGAACCAGCAUCUGCAUUAGCAACAGAAGAUACAUCCUUAGAAGGUCCGUCAUUAGCUGAAAGUUUGAGAGCUGCAGCAGAAGCUGCUGUAUCACAGACUGGAUUUAGUUAUGAUGAGAAUACUGGACUGUAUUUUGACCACAGCACUGGUUUCUAUUAUGAUUCUGAAAAUCAACUAUAUUAUGAUCCUUCUACUGGAAUUUAUUACUACUGUGAUGUGGAAAGUGGUCGAUAUCAAUUUCAUUCUCGAGUAGAUUUGCAAUCUUACCAGACUUCUGGCACAAAACAAAGUAAAGAUAAAAAAUUGAGGAAGAAAAGGAAGGAUCCAGAUUCUUCUAUAACAAACGAGGAAAAGGAUUUGAAUUCAGAAGAUCAAAAGACGUCCAGUAUUGAACAUGUAAGCUGCAGUGAGGGAGAAGAUUUUGCAAAUGUGAAAAAGAAAGCCAAAAUAGACAUUCGUUACAAAAACAGUCCCCUUCAAUUCACUGUUCCAGUUAGCAGACAGACUGUAGAAUCUCAUCUUAAUGAAAACAUCUAUAGUUCGACUUCUUUUAGAGAUGAGAAAAUCAUAGAGACUGAUAGUGAGCCAGAAGAAGGUGAAAUUACAGACUCUCAGACUGAGGACAGUUACGAUGAAGACAUUACCAGUGAAGACCAUGAAACUGCAGAAGAUACUGAGGAUGAAGAUGAAGAAAAAAUUUGGCCCCCAUGUAUUAGAGUAAUUGUUAUUAGAUCACCAGUAUUGCAGACAGGAUCACUUUUUAUCAUUACAGCUGUAAACCCUGCUACAAUUGGAAGAGAAAAAGAUAUGGAACAUACUCUCCGAAUCCCUGAAGUUGGUGUCAGUAAGUUCCAUGCAGAAAUUUAUUUUGACCAUGACUUACAAAGUUAUGUCCUAGUGGAUCAAGGCAGUCAAAAUGGUACAAUUGUUAAUGGAAAACAGAUUCUUCAGCCUAAAACUAAAUGUGAUCCUUAUGUACUUGAGCAUGGAGAUGAAGUGAAAAUUGGAGAGACUGUGCUGUCCUUUCACAUUCACCCUGGCAGUGAUACCUGUGAUGGUUGUGAACCAGGGCAGGUUAGAGCUCACCUUCGUCUUGAUAAGAAGGAUGAUUCUUUUGUUGGUCCAACACUAAGUAAGGAGGAGAAAGAAUUGGAAAGGAGAAAAGAAUUAAAGAAAAUAAGAGUAAAAUAUGGUUUGCAGAAUACAGACUAUGAAGAUGAAAAGGCACUGAAGAAUCCAAAAUAUAAAGACAGAGCUGGAAAACGUAGAGAGCAGAUUGGAAGUGAAGGAACUUUCCAGAGAGAUGAUGCUCCGGCAUCUGUUCACUCUGAAAUUACAGAUAGCAACAAAGGUCGGAAGAUGUUGGAGAAGAUGGGUUGGAAAAAAGGAGAGGGCCUUGGGAAGGAUGGUGGAGGAAUGAAAACUCCGAUCCAGCUUCAGCUUCGGCGAACACAUGCAGGCUUGGGGACAGGCAAGCCAUCCUCAAUUGAAGAUGUUCACCUUCUCCAGAACAAGAGCAAAAAAAACUGGGAGAAAGCACGAGAGAGGUUUGCUGAAAACUUCCCAGAAACUAAAUCUCAAAAAGAUGCACCAGGGACCGUGCCUUGGGUCAAAGGGACAGUAGAGUGAAGGUCAGUCAUAGAACACAAUUCAAGGUUUUUAAAAAAAGAGUUUGGAAACUCUUAUUUUAUUGUAGAAUAAAGAGUCAGUGGCAUGAGGGAACUGUGUUACAAUUUAUCCCCUCAUGUUUCAUAAGUGUGUACUAAGUGUGGUUUGCAGCUUUUAAAAAACAUUUUUAAAAACUAAUAAAUAGUGACUAAAUCAAGUUAUGAUGUGAGUGGACUAACGGUUCACAGGGCAUGGAUGAGCUUAUUAAACUUUGUUGUUUUUUCUUGUCAUUUACAAGACCCAUAUAGGCAACUAGCCAUACAAGCAGAAUUCAUAGGACCACUGAUGACUUAAAUGUACUUUUGUUUUUUGUCUCCAUAUAUUCAUUAUUGUAAGAUACAUAACAAAACUUCAAAAGUUUACAAAAACAAUUCUGGCUAUAUGCAUCCUUGUUUAUGCCCAUUAGAACCUACAUAAAAAAUGUUGAGAAAACAUGGGUAGUGGUGCAUAAUUUUAUUCUUGAGAUAACCUAGGUAAUAUUGAAGAACUAAUGAACAGGUGACAUGUUGUAGAAAAUUAGUCUUUCAUUGUUUUCUUCUGUGAAGAAUUUGUUGAUUUGUACUAUUAAGCAUUUACAUUUGGUUUGUUUUAUAGCUGAAAUAUUUAGAUAUGAACAAUUGAGUACAGUAUUGAAAUAUUCCAUGUGCUGGCUUUUGUUGUUUUGAUAAAUCCCAUUGCUGGCAAUGGAGUUUGGCCAAAGAAAUCUGAUUUCUACUGCAAAAGGAUUACCCAGCCAAGGCCUCAAACUCAAGAUAUUUAUUGACAAUGUCCUCACAUGCAAUAAAAACAUGAUAACAUCAAAAAGAGUGAUUCAUUGAACCAAUGAUGUAAACACGUUGGUCUCCUUUGAACUUGUGACCAGCCAGAAUUUUCCUCUUUAAAUUGGCAGAGUAGUAACAAAAAGGUAACAUCAAAUUUUGGAGAACUGCAGUGCAGCUUUCUGAGUACAGGUGUCACUGCUCCACCAGUUAUAACUGUUCUUUCCCUUUCUGCUCAAAUUUUCUCUGUUUUUCACUGGGAAAUUAAUGCUGGAACUGACCCUUUUCUGGCAGUGAAUAUAAGCUAUAGCUCCCUCAUCUGCUAUAAAGAAAUGUCUUCAAGAUUUAACAAUAGGAAAGAAAAAUUCUGAAAAAAACUAUACAGUAGGGAAGAUAAUUCAGAAAAGAAAGGCUACCUGUUGGAAUUUCUGUCUAAAUAGUACAGGGAACUUAGGAAGAAAUGGGGUGGCAGUUGGGGGCAAGAAGAAUAUAUUUAUUGCUAAAGGUGAGAUCUGGGACCAUAUUGUCAAGACCUACCUGUAGGCUUAACCUGGGAUAAUCAGAGGCCCUAUAAUGCCAAAUCUACACAGAGUAUUUUUCUGCAUCCUUUGUGGCCACCUGCACACAUACAUGUAUGUUAGACUUGGAGGCAACAGGAAUGUCCUGCAUUACUUUCUCUGUAAUAGAAAAAAAAGUACUCCUCUAAAUGUGGUUCUGGUACUGGUGUCCUGUAUGUAGGCAACAAUACAAGGCCCCUGAAGUGGACUUUGCUUCUGGUAGAUCUGACUCAUUGGGUUAGUAUCCAGCUGUCUCUAAUACUUCCCAUUUUUAUUAUUAAGUGGUAGAAAAUUUUUUUUGUCGUUUUCUUUUAUUAAGAAAAUGGAAAGUUGGUGAUAAAAAUUGAAGUAUAUGUUAUACUUGCAUUAUUAAAACCCUUUGCAGAUCUGAA